AUGUUUUUGUUUUUAAUAUAUGGCAUUUUUGGAUAAGUAAUAGUAGAAAUCAACGAUAACAAUGCUUAUUUUAAUGUUCAUGAAGGAGUAAGAAGCACUAUAUUGUAAUUACCACAUGCAUGGGAUGGAUAAUUGAAUGGAACAGGAUGUGAAUUAAGAUAAAAAUCAAUAUAGGAAAGCAUAAGUUAAUAUUAAAUAAUAGAAUUUUCAGAAGAUAAUAUGGAAGAGCUUAUUUUAGUAAGUUAAGAUGAUCAUCGUAUUGCUAUUAUUUCUACAAAUUUGAGAUUAGUAAUAAUCCAUAAAAAUAAUCUGAAAGAAAAAAUGUCUUAUGAUCUAUCAAAAUAUGAGAUUAAUUAUAUUCAUCAAAUCAUUUUGAAUGAUAACAUUUUAUUAUUAAUCACAGAUACAAAAGCUUUUGUUGUUUAUUUAUAGCCAUUAAGCAUAAUUGAAUUUGCAGAAUGGAUUCCUAGAUAAGAACGUUGGCUUACAAAUAUAUAUGGUGAUUUUAUAUAUACAGCAGUAAGUUUAAAUGGCAUAGAUAUCUAUCAUUUAAAUAAUCUUACUUAUUAUAGAACUAUAAAUCAUGUAGAUAUUGGAUAAAAUUAAUUAUGUGUUAAAGAUUUCACUAUAUUUAAAACAACUUUAUACAUUUUAGAUUGUUAUAUGGGUUUGAUUAUUGCUAAAAUGAAUAGUUAUGAAAAUGUAAUAGAUUUUAAAGUCAGAAAAAUUGAUGUUCAAGAAGGUGGUAUUGCAGUAGAUACAAAAAAUGGAAUUAAUAUAUUUGUUGGAUAUAAAUGGAAAUUAAGAUAUGCAAUUGUUGAAUAUGUUGUAGAUGAUACUGAAUGGAGAAUAUAAAAUUUAAUUUAUACUAAUAAAAUAAAAGAUGUAGAUGUUAAUAAUGAAUAUGCAAUUAUUUAAGGUAAUAGUAGACAUAUGGUGGCAUUUAAUUUUGGUACUUCAUUAUCUAAUGAUAUCAUAAAAUAUAAUUUAAGAGAUUUUGAAUUAAGAAAUAAUGAAUUGAUAGGUAUCACAGCAACUCAACUCUUUAGUAGUCAAUUAUAAUUGAUACCAUUAAAAAUUGAUUGUCAAAUUUAUUAAGAUAAUUCUGAAAUCUAUUCUUUAGUAUAUAAUGUUUCUUAUAAUGGUACUACAAUAGAGAGACAUCAUCUUAAUUUUUAAGUUAAUUUGGUUUCUACUUAUUUAUAUUAACAUUAAUCUUAUUUAGUAAUUAUCUUAAUUACAUUAUUGUUUUGUAUAUUUACAUUGAUAAGUAUUAAUAGUCAUUACAUUAUUUAGUCAUUAUGAUUUUCAAAUGGUAUUAUAGUCUAAGAAAAGAAGAAAGAAAAAUUGCAAAGAGUAUAAAAGGAUAUAGUUUAUCAAUACCAACUAGUGGAAGAACCAAUACAUAAUAAAGUUCUAGACCAUUUUCACCUAGCAAUUAACAUUUAAUUAUCAAUAAUAUCUAAUAAUAAUGA